AUGUUGGCCGUUUUCCAACCUAUGGGGAUCUGUCCCUUUUUCCAUAUAUUCGCACAAAGGCUUGAAUGGGAAGUGCUACCUGAAAUCUACAGCAGUGAUCACAUCAAAAUUAAAAUUAAAAUAUUACCAAGACAUGUUGAUAAUAUAUACUCUAAUAAAGAAAGAUGGAAUAUAAAAAAUCCUAAUUGGAACUUAUAUACCGACCUACUAGAAGAAGAAAUCAAGAAAAUACUUGACCUCAACAUCAUCGACAUAGAAGAAACUACCCAAACAUUCACAAAUCUUAUAACUGACAUCGCAAAAAAGUCAAUAGGUACAACUAAGCAAACAAAAAAGCCCAGAGUACCAUGGUGGAACAAUAACAUAAAAGAAGUAAUAUCCGACAAAAAUAAAGCACUAAUAAAAUUUAAAAACAGCAAAAAAGAAUCGUGGAACGAAUUCACAUCCACCAUCAACGUAAAAACGAAUCCAUCAGAAGUAUGGAGAAAAAUAAAAUCAUUAAAAGGCUUAACCCGAAAUAACGACAUAUUCAUAAAAACCAACCAGAACACCAUAACUGAUCAAACAGAAGUCGCAGAUAUAUUAGGAAACUUCUUCCACGAAAACUCCAGCGACAAAACAUACAAUAAAAAAUUCAUAAAUGAAAUAAAGAUACCCAAGGAGAACAACCAAACAAAGUCUACCAUUGAUCCAAAUAACCUAGACCAAAUAAACCUUAACCUCAAAAUAUCUAUGGAAGAGUUAGAACAAACUCUUAAAGACUGCAAAAGCAAAAGUCCGGACCCUGAUAAAAUCCCAUAUAGCUUCUUAUUCAACUCUGGCAUAUCAACAAAACAACACCUACUCAACAUUUAUAACCAUAUAUAA